GGCGGAAUUUUGGCAAAAUAAAACGAAGUGAAAUUAUUUUUAGCUGCUCAUUUUAUGGUAGUUUGAAGCGUGCAUUAGAUGAUUUUUCCAACACGGACAUGGUAAUUCAUCAGUUAUCAGAUGAGCAACCAAUAGUUCAAGCAUGUUUCCAAGGAGAUGCUGUGGAACUUCGUUCUCUUAUAACAAGGAGAGAAGAUGUAAAUUCUCUGGAUCAUGAACGAAGAACUCCACUGCAUGCUGCAGCAUAUUUAGGAGAUACUGAAGUUCUUAACACUCUAAUUGUUAAUGGAUCGCAAGUGAACACAAAAGACACCCGAUGGCUGACUCCACUUCAUCGGGCUUGUGCUUCUGGAAACACAGAAUGUGUGAAGUCAUUAGUUAAACACCGUGCUGAUGUUAAUGCAAGAGACAAGAAUUGGCAAACACCAUUGCAUUUAGCAUCAGCAAACAGCCAUGUGAAAUGUGCAGAGCUGCUUAUUCCUCAUCUUCCAAAUGUGAACAUAACAGAUCGUGCUGGACGAACCAGUUUACAACAUGCAGUUUAUAAUGGUCAUGUUCAGAUGGUGGAUUUAUUAUUGUGCCAUGGAGCAAAUGUCAACAGCUCUGAUAAAAAAGAUAAGAGGGCAAUUCAUUGGGCAGCUUAUCAUGGUCAUAUCACUUGUCUUGAAAUGCUGAUUGAAAGUGGUGCGGAAGUUGAUUGCAGAGACAAAAAGAAACACACCCCACUUCACGCUGCCGCUGCUGGAGGUCAAUUAAAUGCCAUCAAAACAUUAAUUACUGCUGGUGCUAUGGUUGAUAAUCCAAACAGUUUGGGCAAUACUCCACUUCAUGUUGCUUGUUGUAAUGGACGAGAUGUUGUUAUCGAGGAGUUGAUUAACCACGGGGCUAACGUGAAUGCUGCUAAUAACAAAGGCUUGACGCCAUUGCACUACGCUGCAGCGGCUGAAAACGCUGAUAUGGCAUUAGAAAUUUUAUUACACGAAGGAGCUACUCCAAAUUCCAAGUGUAAGAAAGGUCAGACUCCACUUCAUUUAGCAGCUCUGAGUGGAAGAAAUAAGAGAACCCAAACCUUACUUCAACAUGGGGCUUAUGUGAACUCACCAGACGACAAUGGCAAUACUCCACUUCAUCUUGGAGCGUAUUAUGGACAACAAAUUGUUAUUUGUGUUCUUUUGGCGAGUGGUGCUGAUCAUAAAAAAGCUGGUUAUGACGGAAUGAGUGCGUUACAUAUGGCGAGCUUGGCUGGUCAUAUUGAAUGCUGCAGGAAGCUGUUACAAUAUGGAGCAUCAGUGAAUGACAAGGACGACAAUAAUCGUACAUGUAUCCAUGGCGCAGCAUGCAGUGGAAAUGUUGAUUGUCUUGAACUGCUUAUGAGUAACGGAGCAGAUCAUUUCGUCGCCGAUAAAUUUGGAAGAACACCACUUCAUUACGCGGCUGGUCAUGUUCAUUACGAGAGCGUUGUGUUAUUAGUUGGUUCUGGGUGUAACGUGAAUAAAUCUGAUUCUAAAUCGUGUACAGCACUCCACUAUGCCUCAGCUCAUGAUGAAGAUGCUAAGGUUGUUGAACAUUUACUUACGAACAACGCCAAUGCAAGCAAGAGAGACAAGAAAGGAUUUACUGCGAUUCAUUAUGCUUCUGUAAAAGGAAACAAACUCUCAAUAGAAAUGUUACUAGAUCAUUGUUCUGCAGACAUUUUUAACACUAGUUCUGGGUCACCGUCAGUAACUCCGUGUCAUUUAGCGGCGUUCAAUGGUCACUUUACAGCUCUUGAUGCUCUGCUUCAUUCAGCCAUCAGUCCUGAUGUUCAGGACAGUGAUGGUCGUACUCCUCUAUAUUUAGCUGCGUCCCAUGGGCAUUACGAAUGUGUUGAGAUCUUAUUGAUGCAUGGUGCAACUGUUUUAGUUCCUGAUGGGAUUAGGACACCCAUUCACGCUGCCGCUUACAACGGUCAUACUGACUGUAUUAGAACUAUUCUACAAAAUGCGAAUGUAUCCGAUGUCGUAAAUUCAACAGAUUCAGAGGAAAGGACUCCAGUCAUGUUAGCUGCUGCAAAUGGACAUAGUAAUUGUGUAUCGUUGUUACUUAGCCAAGGAUGUAAUGUUUUGGCGAACGAUGUAUUCCAGAGAACAGCUUUACACGGAGCGUCAGCAAAUGGUCAUGAAGAAUGUGUAGAUACUUUAUUAAACGCUCAAGCCGAUCCCCUCAGCAGAGAUUGUAAUGGUACAAGUCCUUUGCAUCUCGCGGCCGCAUAUGGUCAUGUUGGUAUUUUAGGUUCAUUAUUACAAGUCAGUGGCACUGGCAAUAUUCUUGAUGAUCGUGGUUAUACACCUCUACACUGGGCAUGUUACAACGGCCACGACAGCUGUGUCGAUGUUCUUUUAGAGGACGAAAACUGUCAAACAUUUCAAGGAAACCCCUUUUCGCCUCUUCAUUGUGCGGUAAUAACCGACAAUGGUUCUUGUGCAGAGCUUCUCUUGGAUACUUUAACUGAUGAAAUAGUGAAUACAGUCGAUAAGAAAAAAAGGACCGCUAUGCAUGCUGGAGCAUAUAAUGAUCACGUGGAAUGUAUGGAGUUAUUAGAACAACACGAGGGAGAUAUCAACCCUGUUGACGUAGAUGGAUAUACACCAUUAAUGAUCGCUGCAGAGCGAGGUCAUGACGGAGCAAUUGAAUUUCUGUUAAAAAAUGGUGCAGAUGUUUCUUUUGUUAACAAUGACGAUAAUUCCGCCCUGCAUCUCGCUUGCAUUGAGGGUAACUCCUCGUGUGCAUUGUUACUUCUGAAGCAAGGACCUGAUAGCGUUGUUAAUCGCGCCAACUCACGAGGUCAAACAGCAUUGCACGUAGCAGCUAAGAAUGGCAUAAAAGAUGUGGUUGAGGAACUGAUAACUAGAGGGAGUGACAUAUUUACAGAAGAUGCGGACGGUUUUACUCCAGCCCUAUCCUGUGCUCCUAAUCCACAGGUUGCCCAUUGCUUGUCUCUAUUAUUAAAAGCCAUGGCCUCUAAAGUCAACCCUCCUGCAGCGGCUGUGAAGAAAAAAAGAGAAGUUUCACAUUUGAAUUUUAAACCUUCUUAUAAUUCAACAAUCUAGGAUACCAUAAUAGCAUUGUAUUAAAAUUUAAGAAUUUUGUAAGUUAUUAGGAUAAUCAUGCAUCCUCUCGUGUGUGAAUUGAAUUCAAUUCAAAAAUUCUCGACUCGACUUCAGUGUUAUCCUUUUGAUUUGAGCACAUUACGUCAUUACCACACAGUACAGAGUAGAUAAUACACAGAGCUGGACCUGUGUCAGACACUUUUUUGAUGGCGUGCUCGGCCAGGUCCUGGGAGGCAAAAUAAAAGCCCUAGACGCUAAGGUACUUGCAGAGCAUGCGUAGAAGAUAAUAUCAUGCCUAGUCUGAAAAUUGGCUGCACAAAAACACCUUCCUUGGCUUGGCUGUGUUUUCGUGGCUCUGUUUGUUUGUGUGUUUUACUCUUCGCCAAUACUGUGUUGACGUAUACAAUUGCAAUCAAGAUGAUUGUGAAGUAUACUUGUGCACAAGACAUUAGGAUAGUAUGCAGAUUCUUACACAACCGUGACGUUUGUAUAAUGUAAGUGAACUGGGGAUCAGUCACAACAAUAAGUUUUUAUCAAGACAACAUUCCUACAACCGUCUUACACUAGUUAGCAUGCACUGUAUCGAAUAUGCUAUUAAGAUUUCUAGAAUAUUUAGUGUUGUGCGACGUUUUAAAAAGAAAUUAGAGAUAUUUCCGUUCAAUUGUUUCUUUAUAUCGGCCAUGCAUAGUGUUCAAUAUUUGAUGCAUUUUCCACUCAAGCAAAUAUCACCAGUGGUUUCACUUUGAUACCAGCUCAGAGGUGUGGUGUUUGCUAGCGGUAGCUUUAAAAAUUACACUGCUUACAACACCAACAGCAAACCAUUGGAUACACAGUUUAAAAGAAAGGUAUUUUCGUUGGUCCAACAAAUUUAAGUUGUUUACUUACCAGAGAAAUGACAAUAUAGUUUCAAAUUAAGGAAGUAUACUUAGCCGCAUAGCGUGUUUAAGAGUUUGAUUAUAAAAACACAAACUUAUAAAUUUGCAAUUUUAUCCAAUUUGGCUAUUCGUGAAGCGUGGUCGCUAUAUAUGGCUUUAUCUUGUUCCGUCUUAGAUCAAUGCAUGUUGGAUAUAAGAAGCUGAUUUUAAAAAAUAAAGAACGGUUUUCAUUCUUUCGAAAGUAUAAGGACUUUCCGCAAUUUUAAAAUAUUGCGGAACUCGGCUUUGUUUGCCUAUUUAAAGUUCUGCCUUGACAUGAAUUGUGAUUAUAUUUCGAGUGGGUUAUGCUUUGUUGAGCUGAGAUAAUUUACCGAACAAUAAAUUAGGUUUUUCGUAUGCGAUGAAAGACGUCUUUUAAAACUACACUUAAAAUUUAAGAAUGCUCAAAUUAGUUUUUGAAGUUUGAACCCCUGACAUCCGCUUUUAUUAUCUGAAAGUAAACAGCAAGGGUAGUUGGUUAGUCAGUGUACUUAAGAGAUAUUUUGUAAUGUUUUACUUGUCAAACAAAUUAAUUAAUGUCGAAUAUAGACAGAGUGAAAAAACGUAAAAGGAGACAAAGGAAUAUUUGAGUAAUUUUAAAUAUCAAAUGAUACCACCUACGAGGUAUAUUGUCAGUCUUUGUUAGAAAACAGAAAACACUCGAUGACCCAUCACACAUCAAGGAGAAAAACUGGGGUCGUAGCUACUUAAGCUGAUCCAAUAAGCAUCGUCUUGACUUUCAACGCACGCAAGUAUAACAACGUCAACGAGCCUUUAAAAGCCGUGAAUUGAUUUUGGCAUGGAUUGUCUAGAUUGGAGGAGCAUUUUUUAACAUUGA